GAACCAUUGAUACGUACUGAUCAAGAUGAAAAUACAACAUGUGUUCGGAUUUUUCAUUAUUUUCUGGCAAUGCAACACUUUCUGGGGUUUGUCUCUACUUUCAACCCAACAUUUUAAGUUACUAUAUCAUUUAUCUGGACUAUACAGUGUACAGUUAAAAUGCAAAAAAUUAGAAGAUACACCGUUAUUACGUCUUAAAAGGAAGCUUCUUUGCAAUUACGAUAGCUCGAUUCAUCCGAAUCAUUUCAAAAGUAAUGCCACCGUCGUUACUUUGAGAUUGAUGCCGAAAUUAAUGGAAUUAGAAAAUGAUCAUGCUAUAUUGUCAUUGCAUAGUUGGAUAACGCUUACUUGGUCUGAUCCACAACUUAUUUGGACACCGCAUGAUUAUGAUGGAAUCAAUUUUGUUAAUGUAAAAAGUUGGGAAAUCUGGACGCCCAAUUUGUAUGUCUACAACUCUGGUGAUAUGUCGGAAUAUCAACUCGAAUUACCGGAGAUGAAAUGUUUGUUUUUUAAUGAAGGCUUCGUUAGUUGCGUACCGGCUGUAAAAUUUGUUGCCAAAUGCGAUCCCGAUUAUACUGAUUUUCCUUACGAAAAAUAUCAAUGUCGCAUCACAUUAGGUUCAUGGAGACAUACAGGAGUAGAAGUCGAUUAUCAGUUAGAUAGAGAUGGGAUUACUAUGGAUGGCUACGAGAAUAACGCAAUGUGGGACUUGAAAUUUAUAAAUGUAGUGAAAGAGAUGAAAACGCAUAAAUGCUGCCCAAAUGACACUUUUCCAACAAUUGAUUAUAAUUUUUUAUUGACACGCUAUCAUCAAACAAAUCACAUAGUUAACACUAUACCUGCUAUUGUUUUGAUAUUUCUUACUUUAACGGUUCUUUGUUUGGAUCCAAAAUCGAUAGAGCGAAUUGCAUUGGCAAGCGUAAAUUUUAUUUGUCACCUGCUCUGCUUAUAUCAUAUGUACUGGCACUUACCUUAUAACGGCAUUAAUAUACCUAAGAUAUUUAUAUUUUAUGGUGAAUCCGUUGUUUUGGCUACUCUUGUUAUUGUCUUAACGGUGUUGUUACGCAAAUUGGAAGACAUGAACACAAAGAUGCCAAAUUGGAUCUCAUCCAUGACAAUGUUUGUCUUGAGCAACAGCAUUAGUCGUUUCCUGAUCUUGAAGGAUAAUGAAACUAAGGUGGCAGACAAAAAUAUAGUGACUGAAGAAAACUCGAAUGUUCCAAAAUCCGAAACAAAGAUGAAGGCACCAUCUUGGAAACAUUUUGCUACUACUAUCGAUUGGUUGUCUUUUAUAUGCGUGAUUCUUACUUAUAUUAUCACGCUAAUCAUAUUUGUUAGUUAAUUUACAUUAGUUAAUUUACAUUUAAAAAUAUGAACAUAUAGAAUAUCCUCUAAAAUAUUUACUACUGUU